CCCGCCAGCUAGCCAGUUCGCUCGCCAGCGCGCCUGCCUGCCGGCCAGCGGGACCAGACACCGGCUUCUCCCGGGGAGACCGCAGCACCUUUUCUCCCCGUGCCCGCGCUUUCUCCAGCUUGGCUUCUACCGACUUUGCUAAUCGCCCGGACCGCAUCUGGACGCUUGGGCUCCGGGGCUGCACGAAGCUCAGGUUUCCUUCGCGGACUGGAGAUGAGAGGGGCUUUGGGGGCCGAGUUCAGCGAAUUGCGGGAUGGAAGUUAGCGAAUUUGGGCAACUUGCCUCUUCUGCCCAGCCGACCUUUACUCCCCCCCCCACGCCCGCCCGCACACCCACGCACACUCACGCACACACCCCUCUCCCUAUAAAUGAGGGCCGCGGGGCCGGGCCGCGCACUGUCUCUGCCUCGCUGGACUUGGAGUCAGACAGACCUGGCUGCGAAUCCCGACUCCGCCACUUUCUAGCGCUGUGACGUUGGGCAAGUUACCGAACCUCUCCGAGCCUGUCUCACUCUUCACGUAGCGGGCUUCUAGCACUGACUACAGGCACUUUGGCUAGGGGAUAGGCUCAGCCUGCGGCCGCAACGGAUAACUCAGCGGAGGCUCAUUUUCAGGUGGCGAAACUGACUGGUCUGGUUAGAGCGCGUCCAAGCCAAGCCGCAGUACUGUUUGGAUUUUUAAAUUUCUCCUUCUGAGUGAGAAAAUAGCAAUCGAGAUGGAGCCAUCCGCACAAAAGCUCCAGCUGACAGCACCAUCUCCCACCAAUUUAUCCAACCUCUGCCAACGCUCUGAAAUGCCAACUAUGUCAAGGCCUGCACUUGAUGUCAAGGGUGGCACCUCACCUGCGAAGGAGGAUGCCAACCAAGAGAUGAGCUCUUUGGCCUACUCUAAUAUGGGUAUGAAAGAUCGCAAAGCAGUGGCCAUCCUUCACUACCCCGGGGUAGCCACAAACGGAACCAAGGCCAGUGGGGCUCCCACUAGUUCCUCGGGAUCUCCAUCUCCAAUAAGCUCUCCUACUGCCACCCCUCCCACUAAACCCCCACCCUUCAACCUGCACCCUGCCCCUCAUCUGCUGGCCAGUAUGCAGCUGCAGAAACUUAAUAGCCAGUAUCAUGGGAUGGCUGUCGUCACUCCGGGACAAGCUGGGGAGGCAGGGCCCCUACAAAACUGGGGCUUUGGGGCUCAGGUGGGAGGGGCGGGGUCACUCUCUCCUUCUACUGGUGCCCAGAGCCCUGCUAUCAUUGACUCUGACCCAGUGGAUGAAGAGGUGCUGAUGUCCCUGGUAGUGGAACUGGGACUGGACCGAGCCAAUGAGCUUCCGGAGCUGUGGCUGGGACAGAAUGAGUUUGACUUCACUGCGGACUUUCCAUCUGGCUGCUGAUGCUGACUGCCACUAAAGAUGGAGGAAGA